UUUAUAAGUCGGUUUUGUAGAGUUGUGUUAGGUUCAAUCACUACUUUUAAGAAUCUACAUAUUCGCUCAAAAGAAAAUUAAAGUUUAUUUGAUUCAUUUGAUUUUAUGACGGUUAAAUUGGGUGACUAAUAGAUAAAUAAAUAAGAAAUAAUACAAAUAAAAAAAUGUAAAAAUAAAAACCGAUUGAGUCAAUUGUGGUUCAACCAUUUAACAUUAGAAUUCGAUUAAAUUGUGAUACAUUCGAGAUUGAACUAUACGGUAAACUAGCCGAUUCUCGAUUGAACCGGCUAAUUCAUUAUGAUUUCAAAAACAUUGAUUUUAAGAAAAACUAUAGACAAGUAUAUAAUUUCAUUUUCCAUUUUCUUUAAAUAGAGAAUUUAGUAAAUGAAAGUAAAGAGAAUUGAGUGGUUGAAAAUAAUGAACUUAAGUUAAAAACAAAAUCGGUAGGAAAAUCCAAAUCUUACUUAUCUUUCAAUUGUAUCUGAGUUUGAAAAUGAUAAAAUGAUAAGGAUCCGUUUUUCCGAAGAACCAGAGGGUUAUAACUAAAAAAAAUAGAGAAAAGGGUAGUUUUGGAAAUUAAAGAAAGAGUUAAAAAGAUUGAAAAAACCAAUAAAAAGAAGAAAGAUUGAGUGGAGAAUAAAUAGAGAAACGGGCAAGUCUGGCAUGUUACAUGUUUCUUCUCUCACUUCCUGCAUGUCCAUCUUCAAUUAAAUAUCAAUAAAUUCAAUUUUAAAUUCAUUCAGUUUCAUCCUUUUAUGGAUAAAUACAAGUGCAAACUUUGCUAUAGAAGCUUUAACAAUGGAAGAGCAUUGGGGGGUCACAUGAGAUCUCAUAUGAUGAACCUUCUUGUUACAAAGCAAGAAGAAGAAUCAUCGCGAACGGUUCAACUUAGUUUUGAAGCUGAGUCAGCACCGUCUUCAUCAUCGUCAUCAGAAGAUGAUGACGUUGAUGAAAAGGGUCUUAAUUAUGGUCUCAGAGAGAAUCCAAAGAGAAGCAUUCGUCUCGUAGAUCAAGAGUUUUCUUUUCCACAAGUGGAUACAAGUUCUGUGAUUCUUCAAGAUAUAGAAAGCGAAACUGAAUCAUCGAAGAAUAAUCCAACUCGGAAAAGAUCCAAAAGGGUGUGGAAAAUUCGCGGGUUUGAUCAAAAGUAUUACAAUGAAUCUGCUACGAAGAAAAUGAAAUUUUUUAACAAGAAUGAUUCUUCGGUUGUUGAACAUGAACCUGUUAGUUCGGUUUCUGAUGCAACAACCGAAGAAGAUGUUGCAUUUUGUCUAAUGCAGUUGUCGAGAGACAAAUGGAAUAGACAAAAUGAACAAUAUGAAGACGUGGAAGAUGAAGAUGACGAUGACGAAGCUGAAGAGGAAGAAGAAGAAGAAGAUGAAAUUGAAAUCGAAAGAUCUUUGGAAGAUAGUGAUGAAUCUCAAGAGCUACUAAAAGUAUGCAAGAAUAAUAAUAAAGUACGUAAAGGAAGGUACAAAUGUGAAACAUGUAAUAAAGUGUUCAAAUCGUAUCAAGCAUUGGGUGGUCAUAGAGCAAGUCACAAGAAGAUUAAACCGAACAUAACGGUGGAAGAAUCGUCACCAGAAUUCGAAAUUGUUGAAAAGAAAGUUCAUGAAUGUCCGGUAUGUUUUCGAGUAUUUAAUUCGGGUCAAGCACUUGGUGGACACAAAAGAACACAUGUGAUUCAUGGAUCAUCAUCAACAACAGUUCCAAUUUUCAGCUCAAAAAGAGUUACAAAAAGUGUUAUAGAUCUUAACCUUCCUGCUCCAAUUGAUGAUGAUGAAGUUAGUCAAAUUGAAAAUUCUGCUGUUUCUGAUGCAGAAUUUCUCAAAACUCGUUAAGCAUCAUGGAUGGUUUUUUUUAAUUUUUGGUGCAUUGGUUACUUUAUGAUCUAAAGGUAACAUUUUAUUUUUUUCAUUUUUAAUAAUGUUCUACAAAUUUUGUUAUACUUAUAUAGUUACUCUAUAUAUUAUUGUAAUAAUAAUUCUUCAA